AAAGAGGCGCGAUUUCAAAAAGCGUUCUCUAAAAUCGCGAUUUCAGUCUCUCAACUUCUCUUGGAAAUGACCGUCUCUAAACCUCAAACUCUCACCCUGCUCACUUGGCCACUGAAAUGUCUCAGACCCUCGUUCCACCUCCACCAUCACCGUCUUCUUCCUCUUCGCCAACCCUUUACUCGAAGCUCAAAAUACGACAACCCACCAGCAUAAGACCCGUCCGUAGCCAGCCCAUGUUACAUUCAGGCUCUAACAGUAGCCCAGUGGACAAUCCUAGAUGGUCUCUCCGCGGAAUGACCGCUCUUGUCACCGGAGGCACUCGCGGAAUUGGGCAUGCAAUUGUGGAGGAACUUGUGGGGCUUGGGGCGAGAGUGCACACGUGUUGUAGGAAUGGGAGUGAGCUGGAUGGGUGCUUGAGGGAAUGGGAUAGUUUGGGUUUUGGGGUUACUGGGUCGGUCUGUGAUGUGUCGGUUCGAGCUCAGAGGGAGGAGCUAAUGGGGACUGUGUCCUCCGUGUUUGAUGGGAAGCUCAACAUCCUCGUAAAUAAAUAAUGUUGGGACAAACAUACGGAAACCAGUGGUGGAUUUCACGGCUGAGGAAUUUUCUACUCUCAUGGCGAC